GGAGUAGUGACGUAAUUGCACUUCAAGUACGCACUCUAAAGGAUGCUGCCUCUGACCUGGGACACAACACCUGGAGACGUCACUUCCGCUGCGUCACUUCCCAGCUCCGUUUGACCACGCGGUUUUUACAAACGGUACAGCAACAUAUUAUUAGUCAGUCAUAGAUGCGUUCGCUUCAGCUUCUGCUCUUCAUCUGGCUGUUGGGCGUUUGUGGAGACUCAGAGGAAAGCAACCAUCUCUAUGAUCCACUUAACCCAAACAUGUUGCAGUGCUCAAAUACAACCAUUGAAGGAAAAGCUGGUGGCAGAGUGAUUCUCCCAUGUUCAAAAAAGGACAAGAAGGAUAUCAGCCAUGAAGAAGUUCAGUGGACAUUUAAGGAUCCAACUACAGGGAAAGAUAAAAGUGUCCAUGUGUAUUUUCAGGGUGAAGAUUACCUUCAGAUACAGAGUGACGACUUCAAAGAUCGAACAUCUCUGUUCAAGGAUCAACUGUCCUCAGGGAAUUGUUCUCUAAGUCUGCUAGUAACCACAUCUCAUAGUGGUACAUACCACAGCUGUGUUGGAGGGCGUCUCUGCUGUACUGUAACACUCAAAGUCCUUCCAGCAGGAGGAGACGACUCCUCUCAGAAGCGUCAGGAAGUUACUGUGUCUCCAGAUAAACCAAACAUGUUGCAGUGCUCAAAUACAACCAUUGAAGGAAAAGCUGGUGACACAGUGAUUCUCCCAUGUUCAACAAAGAACAAGAUGGAUAUCAGCCAGUCAAAAGUUGAGUGGACAUUUAAGGAUCCAACUACAGGGGAAGAUAAAGAUGUCCAUGUGUAUUUUCAGGGUAAAGAUUUCCUUGAGGAACAGAGUGCUGACUUCAAAAAUCGAACAUCUCUGUUCAAGGAUCAACUGUCCUCAGGGAAUUGUUCUCUAAGUCUGCUAGUAACCACAUCUCAUAGUGGUACAUACCACAGCUGUGUUGGAGGGCAUCUCUGCUGUACUGUAACACUCAAAGUCCUUCCAGCAGGAGGAGACGACUCCUCUCAGAAGCAUCAGGAAGUUACUGUGUCUCCAGAUAAACCAAACAAUGAACAGACUACAACUCCCUGGGUUGUUCUUGGUGUUGGCAUUACUGCUGCUUUGCUCCUUCUUGUCAUCAUCAUCGUGGCCUACCGUUAUCGUGAGCAGCUUAUGAACUACCGGUCAGGAAUGAAGCCCAAAAACGGACAAGUCUAUCAUGGUGUUCCAGUCCAGGCUCAGCAGCCACCUCAAGAUGAAGAGAAAAAACCACUGGACCAAAACCCAAAUGAAGAACAGACCCCAUUGGAGGUGGUUGUGCACCAGGUUUGUCUCCGGAUGGACCCCAACAAGUCUCAGUUCUUCAGGUAUGACAACAUCAUUUUGACCUGCCAGGAUCACUCGAACGCCACCGGCUGGACUGUGAGGAGGAAAACGCCCGAGGGUGGUGUCAGAACCUGCUCCUCCAGCUGGGGCUCCUUGUCCUCCAGCUCCAGCUCCAGCUGCACCGUCAGCAACAUCUACCCAACCGACAGCGGGGUGUACUGGUGUGAGUCUACAGACGGGAAGACGAGCAAUGCCGUCAACAUCACCAUCACUGAUCGCCUUGUGCUCCUGGAGAGCCCUGGCCUCCCUGUGCUGGAGGGAGCUACUGUGACUCUGCGCUGCAGAGAUGAGACGAACUCCUCCGACCUCAGGUUUGAUUUCUUUAAAGACGGCGUCCCCGUCAGCAUCAACUCCACAGGAGUGAUGAUCAUUCACAGCGCUUCGAAAUCUGACGAAGGACUCUACAAGUGCCGCAUCCAUGAAGGUGAAGAGUCGCUCAGCAACUGGCUGGCUGUCGGAGCUUCUCUUCCACCUCCACCUCCGUCUGAACCUUCCAGUUCCACUUCCAGGCUGAUUUGUCACCUGGUGGUGGGAACUCCUUACCUGCUGUCCACCGUCUUACUGGGACUCAUAUACAGAGACAGGAAGAGAGCAGGUCGGACGGUCGCAGAGAGACGCGGCAGCACUGAUGUCAUCAUGGAAAUAGCCGUGUAGUCACCUGACCCAGCACCACAGGACGUCCCGGAGAUAAGUUAUUACCACCAGUGUUCAGGUGAAUUGGCUGCAGUGUUUGAUGGCGGUGGAGACGAGUGUAAAAGCUCUCGUGAUCUGUUGGACAAACUGGAUCCUUCAAAAAGAAGCUUUAAGAAAUACAAUCGGAUUCACAUUUCAGUAUGAAUAAA